CUCAAUUUAACAAAGAAUGCUUUCAACAUAAAGUUUCUUUAGAAUGCAUAGAACUAUUACCAAACUGGUGAACAAUUUUACGAAAGUAUUAAAAGCAUCGCCCAGAGCAAUGACGUAUGAAAACCAUGUAAUAACAAAAGUAGAAAACGAAAAACCUUUAGACUUGGAAAUAAAUCGAAUAGUAUGGAUAGACAUGGAGAUGACGGGAUUAAACAUAGAACAAGACAAAAUCAUGGAAGUAGCAUGUUUGGUAACAGAUUCAGACCUAAAUGUCAUAGCUGAAGGUCCAGAUUUAAUAAUACAUCAACCCAAAGACAUCUUAGAUCAAAUGAAUGAAUGGUGUGUUAAUCAACAUGGACAAACAGGAUUAACUGAGGCUUGUCUGAAAUCCAAUAUCACAGUAGGUGAUGCCGAACAUACCUUACUUAAGUUUAUUAAGGAGCAUGUUACUGAAAAGGCCAGUCCAUUAGCAGGGAACUCUGUAUACAUGGACAGAAUGUUUUUAAAGAAAUAUAUGCCCACAUUAAAUGAAUAUUUGCACUAUAGGUUAAUUGAUGUGUCUACUAUUAAAGAGAUCUGCAGAAGAUGGAAUCCUGAUCUGUACAAAUCAAUUCCAAAGAAGGAAUAUACUCACAGGGCACUUCAAGACAUUAAGGAAAGUGUAGAGGAACUUAAAUUUUAUAAACAGAACUUCCUUAAAUUUUAACAUGUUUAGAUGUAGAUUGCACAUUGAACUUUCAAUAUAUUUUAAAGCCUA